GCCACGCGGAUGGGAAGAAGGUUUCUCUCUCUCUCUCGCUGAAAAGUCCGUCUCAAUUUCCCCACAAAUUUUAAAACAAGAAGUCAUCUCAUCUCGUUAGGAAUCUUAAAAAAGGUGUAAAUUUAAGCAAAUAAUAAAAUUCCUCUCAGCCAUUCCGAUAUAUUGUUUCGUUUGUGGACUUUUGUGCGUGUGGAGAACUGAUAAAUUGUGGAAAUAUUUCUUGUGAAGAAGAAGAAGAAAGGCGUCGACGAAUCCAAUCUCCUUCCGGCAAUUCUUCUUCCAGGAAUUCUGGAGUUUCUGAAGAGACGAAAGGACGCAGGCAGGUCGUCGUCUUGGUUUAUUUGCUCCUGCUCCUCCUCCUCCUGGACGGUGAAGAAGAAUAAGAAUCAGGGGGCGGUGGACGUAAUUCUGAGCGAGUGAAUAUAUAUCCCCGGGUCGAAUCGGACGAUAAGCCCAGUUUGUAAAUCGGCGGCAGGAAAGGUGUUCUCGGAGUGAAAAUUAUUCAAAAAUUGGAGUGAAAAUUUUGCAAAAAUGUCGCCAAAUCAGUUCUUCUUCUUCUGGUUAUCACUGCUUAUCUCGACGACGACGGCGGGAGCAGCCGAGGAUCUGGACGUGUGUUCGAUAACCGACCAGACCGUUUCGGGCUACUGCACCUGCGACCCGGACGACUCGGAGGAGGUGGUCACGUUGAAGUGCAACUUCUGGGGGACGCCGAGCCCCUCGUCUGGCGCGAGGUUGUGGUCCACCAUGGGGACGCUGGCGAAUGUCACGUUUCUCGAGGUGACCCCUCGUCCAGCACGUUCUCUGAAGGUCCUCCCAGCCCCAGAAAUGUUCACCGCGUUGAAGAAGCUGACGUAUUUUUCGGUGAAAUACGCAGAAAUUGUUGUCCUCCCGAGCGAAGUUUUCGGGAGGUCGGGAUCCCUCUCGGAAAUCAUGUUGAAAGACAAUGGGAUUCGGGAGUUGGACAGGGCUGCAUUUUCUGGGCUGAAGAAUCUGACCAAGAUCAGUUUGAGUGACAAUUUACUGAAGGAAAUUAAUAGGCACGUGUUUCUCGGGCUGCCGAAGUUGGGGGGUCUUUAUCUGGAUAGGAACGAGAUUCGGGUGGUGCAUGAUAGAGCCUUCGUGGAGCUCGGGGCGUUGGAGGAAUUGGAUUUGAAGAGGAACAACUUGACGGUUAUUGCACGUGAGGUGUUUUCCGGGUUGGGAAAAUUGGUGAGGUUGGAAUUACAGGACAACGCCAUCGAGUACCUCGGCGACCACGUGUUUGCGGAUUUGGUCUCGCUGAACGAGUUGGACUUGCACGACAACCAGAUCCGAUCCGUGAGCGGGACAGCUUUCUACGGGCUGUCGGCUUUGGGGCGGCUGAACCUGAAGGGGAACAAGAUUGUGACCCUGGAGGCCGCCACGUUCGUCGGAAUGACCUCGCUGUACAUGUUGGACGUGAGGGCGAACGAGUUGGAGAGGGUGGGAGAAGCCCUCGUUACACCGAUCUGGGGAAACUUGAAAAAUGCCAGCUUCCAAGUUAUGAUGGAAGGUAAUCGUUUCACCUGUUCCUGCGAUAUCUUGUGGGUGCAAAAGAUCUACGCGGAGACUGCGAGUGCAUACGUCAAGUCAGAAUUGGAACGCUUGGAGUGCAACCUGUUCCACCACGCAGAACCCCAACACGGGACAAAGUACGUCCCUUCUGGACGUGGUCGCCACCUGCUCUACUCCUCCAACGUGACCCUUGACCCGGAAGGCGGAGGCGAAGAGUCCACCACGACCCUCGCCUUUGAUGGGGUGAAACAUGUCAUCAAACUGAACCCAGCCGACUUCAAGUGUCACCACCACGACCAUCACAAAGAUUUACAGUCCGAUGGAAACGGUCCCCAUGGGAAUGGUCACCACGAGUCGAAGGAGAGGAUCCCCACGGUUUCCGAGAACAAGAAGAACUUAGGGGGACAAAGUCAUCAUGAAAGUCAUGUCGAUACGAAUGCGUCGUCGGGAGGAGGAGGAGGAGUGACGAUCUGGAGGGGGGUCAAAUUGUUCGGUAUUAUCGUAUUCCUUCACCGCGUGGUGAUCAUUAUGUAAGUGUGGGGGAGUGGAGGGAGGGGAAAAUUUCCUAAUUUUUAUAAUUUCUUGACCGGCUUUUUAUUUAAAUAGUUUUUAAGAAAUAUUAUUAGGGUGACAUGGUCACGAUGCAUAAAUAUGUACGUUCCGGAGUCUUG